AUGUUUCUCCACGGCUCGCCAUUUUUACAUACAGGACUUAUUUUCUUACUUAUCAACCAAAUUCACAGUCAAUUUUUGGAUACUUCCGAUGAAGUGUGCCCAGAAACGCCUCGCGGGGACGAUGACUUGCCUGGCAGGGUGCUUAAUAAAUACGUUCUCGAAUAUCGGUAUUCGAAUCCUUGGUUUACGCUGUGUUCCGACACUGACCACCGAAUAAUACGUCUCAAGCGUCUUUCUCUCACUUCUACAUCCUCUUCUUUCUCCGUCAUUUCUUUCUCAUUUUCCGCCCUCUCCUUCGCCUUACUCCUUUCAGUCUUUCUCUUUACUUCUUCAUCAUCAUCUCUAUCUUCCUCUUUAACUAUUUCAGUCUUUCUAUCUCUUCCUCCUCGUCAGCUUCCCGCUCUUUCUCUUUCACUGUUUCUCUCUGUCUUCCUCACCUUCUCUUUCCCACUUCCAUUUUCAGUUUAUCACAUUAUCAUUGCUUUCCCGCUCUUCCGCAUGAAGCAUUUGUCCCUCUUUUUCCCCCAUCUCUCUUCUUCAUCACCAUCCUCAUCUGGCGCUUCCUCUUUCACUAUUUCAUUCUUUUUCCUCAUCUUCUCCACUUACCCUUUCUCUCUCUCUCUCUCUCUCUCUCUCUCUCUCUCUCUCUCUCGUCACCUCCUUCCCGCUGUUCGUCCUUCACUAAUUCUCUUUGUUUUCCUCGUUUUUUUUUUCUUUCUGUUUUCACUUUUUCUCUCUCCCUGUUUUCCUCUUUCUCUUCUCCCCUUUAACUUGUCACUCUCCCUUUUGAUAUUUCCUCGUACUUCCUCUCUCUUCCUUUAG